CACUACUCCGUACACUUGCGUUAGUAACACCCCUUUUGUUUGUGGAAACCAUGAAGCUCACUUCAGUCCCGUCGAUCGUCUUUCUCGUGCUGAUCUCCAUCGUCGUUCUUCAUGUUGACGCGGCAGAAGUUAAUCAAGUGGCUCCGACGCCGAUAGGGAAGAAAUGCUCGACGCCGAUCUACAACCGGUGUCAACAAGAGAAGUGCCACCAGGAUUGUUUGAGACAUUUUGGGCCUGGAACUGAAGGCUGGUGCUGGGUUGCUGAAGAUCUCUGCUUUUGUGACCACUACUGUACCAAACCACAAGAGGCCUCAAUACACUCCUAGGCCCUAGCUCCAUCUCCAUCCACAAAUUGGCCUUUUUCGUUAGUGAUAUUAUAAUACUACCACACAUAUUGGAAAAAAAUUAUUGUCAUUAUUUAUAUUGGAAAAAAAUUAGCUUGGAAUUCAAAAAAUGGUGAGAAUGAGAUGAGAGUUGAAAUGAGUGA